UUUGUUGGAAACAAAGAAGAAGAUGAUAUUUUUUAUUUUUUUCUUAGAAAAAAAAAUCCGUUUAAACGCCUGGGCCCGACCCGACUGAUAUAGAGCUUAUCUAAUGAUAGUGAUCUGUAUUUUUGAUUGUGAAUUGAUUGACUUGGAUUUUCUUUCUUAACAGCGAAGGAAAUUGAAUAUUUAUACAUUUUCUUUCCUAAAUUCAAUAAUCAUCAUCAUAAAAUAAUCAUGGAGGAGCCUCUGCUUUCAGAGAAAAGAAGCGAAGUAGAUGAGAAAGAAAGCGAGAAAUGGAGCUCCUAUCAGUACGUGGGCCGAACCGGCUCCGUAUUUCCGACCGCUUCUUUGGCGGGAACUGAAGUUAGCGUCGAAGAAAUUCGUUCCGCAUCGGUUUCUGAUCAUCAUUAUCCGCCUUCACUUCAUGCCGCUUUGAUCAGUUCUCCUGAGCCUGAUCCUAAUGAGCAAGCUAUUGCUUAUCAAGGUGCAUAUGGAGGAGAAUAUGGUGGAACAUCCACUGACUUUCGAGGGCAAAUACUGGAUGAGGUUGAGAUACGGGAGUUGCUUAUUGAUCAUGUUGGUCAUCGUUGCUGCUGGGGAAGCCGUCCAGCUCGGACUUGGAAGAUUCAUGCAAUAGAAGACUGCAAUGUAUAUGUGGGAACUCUAGAUACUUUCCUAGAGGAAAGAGAAACUAUUAGCGAAACAGAGCCAUACCUAAGUGGCAAUAUUGAUGGAAAGGAAAAGGGACCAGAACUUGGUGUCUGGGAACUGGAUCUAAGAUCUCAAUUUCCUGUGCUCUUUACACCUCAUAAAGAAACACGAACUAGAAUUCCUCAUUCUGAAAUUAUUGAGAAAUGCACAGGUUGCAAGGGAAGAGGAGAUAUCGUGUGUCCUACAUGCAAUACUGAUCAAGAGCCUGGAUUUUAUAAGGAGAAUCAGAUGUCUCCAUGUCCUGCUUGCUAUGGAAGGGGUUUGAUUGCUCAUAGAGAUGGAUCUGACACAGUAUGCACCAAUUGUUCUGGCAAGGGGAAGGUUCCGUGUGCAACUUGUGGAUCUCGUGGACUCAUAAAAUGUGAGAAAUGCCGUGGAAGUGGCUCUCUUUUGACCUACACUGUUGCUAUUGUGAGAUGGAAGACACUAUCAACUAGAAAAGUAAGCGCAACAAGUGGUGCAGCAUCAGUUCCAGAUGAAGUUUUUCAUAGAGCCAAAGGAGUCCAGUUAUGCAACACUCAGGCAUAUCAGUGCACACCAGCCUUUUUUGCUGACUCAUUUUUCCUCAAUAAGUUCUCUUCUGAAGUAAUUGCAGAGAGGCCCUCUGUACCAAUAACUGCCAGGGUGAUAUGUGAGAGGCAUACCAUCUCCGUGGUGCCAGUGACACGCGUCACCAUGGCUCAUCGAGGUCGCUCUUUUAGUUUCUAUAUAAUUGGUUUUAGCAGGGAGGUCUAUUUGAAAGACUACUAUCCUUCUAGGUUUUGCUGGGGACUAUGUCCUUGCUUGGAAUGGUUGAAGUUGUAAUGACGAGAUACUACAGCUGUGACUCUUGUCAUUUUGUAUGCUUCUUAUGUUUGAGUUACCUUGUCUGCCUUGAUUGGUGAAAAAAGUUGCAGUCAUCUCGUCUUCGAAGAGAUUUUACAUACUUUAUAGUUUUACAGCUACAAGGGUGAUACUGUCGUGCUUCUUGUUAUUUGAUGCGGUGUGUAUUUAUAGGAAACUGUGUUCUCAUUUUUAGCUACUAUGCAACAGCUAAAGAAGUCUCAUCUUCCCUGUCCAUUUUUAUGUAAUAAUGAUAAUGAAAUGUCAUUUUUCUUA